AUGGAACCCGAGACCCUAUCUCGCCCUCAGGACGAGAUGCUCAAUUUCACUCUUUUGAAUCCCACCACAUCCUCUACUUUGACCCCGCGGCUGGGCAAUCUGGCCAUCACAGGCCGAAAGGCCAUUUCCACGCCGCACUACAUCGCCCUGACAUCCCGAGGCGCGGUGCCACAUAUUGCGCAUGAUGUGAUGCAAAAACAGACUGCUAUUGGCAGUCUCUACUUUGGGCUGGAAGAUUUCAUAGAGAAGCAAAACCAGAAGAAUAAAUCCCCUCCAAUCUACCGGAUUCCUACCGAAUCACACGAAUCCGCCUUACGCAAAUUUACUUGCUUCCCCGAAGAUCAGCUAUUAGUCCUAGGACCCCGUCGCGUGCCUCCGAUCCCGACCCCGCCGAUGAACACGAACAACUCGGUCGCUAUCAUGACGGCGUUUGGGUUCCGACAGCUAGAGGCCAACCAGUAUGUCGAGGCGGUGCAGAAACUGCGUCCGGAUAUUGUCGUUGGUCUGGCGGACUUGGUUGUAGGACAAGAGCCUGGGUACAAGAGGCGGGGGAAGAUGGUUGACCGGACUCAUGCGUUCACGAUGCAUGCCACCGAUCAUUUAUACGGAAAGGCGGCCCCGGAAGACAACCGUUCCAGGGCCGCUUACUUCGCGCCGGUGCUACCGCUGGACAAUACCGAACAGACGAUCUAUCUGGAUGAGCUCGAAAGCGAUCUGCGACCACACAUCGCCGGCCUCGCAUUGUACGAGUCGGGGUCGCUGUCUGUCUUGUCCGAUGCCCUAGGCGACCUGCCGCGACUGCUUCUCAGCGAGCCAGCUACGCCCCAGGAUGUUCUGCGCCAGGUAUCCCUCGGUGCAGAUCUGCUCACUGUGCCUUUCAUCGGCGUGACUUCAGACGCCGGCGUAGCGCUCGAGUUUACGUUCCCAGCUCCGGCUGAAGGAAAAGCUUCCGAGGCCCGACCGCUUGGUUUCGACCUGUGGUCGUCUGCACACACCUUUGACACAUCGCCGUUAGUCGAAGGAUGCCAGUGCUAUACCUGCCGGAAUCACCAUCGCGCCUAUAUCCACCAUCUGCUCACCGCCAAGGAAAUGUUGGCCUGGACCCUCCUACAGAUCCAUAACCACCACACAAUGGAUCAGUUUUUCCAACAUAUCAGAGAAAGCAUCCAACGCGGAACCUUCGAGUCUGAAGUCCAAACAUUCCAGCGCUUUUACGUCUCCGAGCUCCCCAAACAGACCGGCCAAGGGCCUAGACUCCGCGGCCACCAAAUCGACCCAUCGAAAGCGCAUCAACCCCGUCGGAAUCCUCGCGGAUUCGGCCGACUCGACGACGCGUUGGAGAAAUUCGCCGAGUCGCAGUCCUCCGUCGCCACGCCCGACACCGAUGCCUCGGGUCUAGAAGCCCACGGGUUCGCGACGAAGCAGGAUUCCUGA